UAUAUGCUGUCAGGAAACAGUUUUAUCUCAGAGCUCCACACCCAGUAUUGUAGUGUAUGUGUGCGUCUGGUGGAACUAAACGGGAAACACAGAAAGCGACGCUCAUAUUGAAACUGAAAGAACAAGAGAUUGUCUUAAAUUGUAAAAGCAUCAGCGGUAGUGUUUCAUUUAUAAGCACCAUAUUCUGAAACACUUCUGCACCGCACCUCCACUACUUCAAAAGACUGUAAUUGAAGUUACACGGGUUUUCAUGGGCAUUUAUUGUUUAUUUAUUUAUUGUUUACUAUUCUAGUGAUAGAUCAAUAAGAUCUCUACAUUUUUUAACAUAAGAAGUACCCUUAAGAACCCAGCUAAUAAUAUAUGUGGCAUUUAAAAAUAGUCGUAAUGAUAAAGCAAAGCGUUGCUGAAUUCACGCACUUUUGAUUAUGGUGCUGAUUGAAACAUACGUGUGACUUUUCUUGCCAUAAGUUAUUUACUGAGGCAGAUUAAUAAGAAUAAGAGAAUAUAGUGAGGGAGUGAGAAAGUGAAAGGAGCCAUCAUGUUUUCAAGUAGCGAGGAGGAAGAGCGUACGGAAGAGAGAGAAGCUGAGGAUGACGAAGAGGAGGAGGAGGAAGAUGAGGAAGAAGAGGAGCAGCAGGACACUAGGGUGUGGUGGGUGGUGAGAUGGGUGUGUCAACUGUUAGGUUACGCCCCCACCACUCGCCCCGCCCGUCUGGUGUGGCCUAAACACUCCGAUCACCACUACACACCUGCCCUUGUCGCCAGAUUCUUGGAUGAAGCAGCAAAGGGAAAGAGUUUGGUCUUCUGGCAGGCAGAUUACGCAGAGGAAGAUGAUGACAUGGAUGCGUCUCCCACCGACUUCUCCCCGCCCCAUCCUAUCGCUUCCACGGCCGGUGAAAAUUCCUUCUCUUGGAAGUUCGAUAAAAAGGAUGAGGACACGGAGGAUGAGGAAAAUGAGAAGCCAGGGAACGCCAAAGAUGUGCACAAACACACAAGCACCACCAAGAUGGCAGGACCUUUGCUUCACGUGCAGGAAACAGCCGCCCCUCCCACCAUAGGCGUGCCGGUGGUGCUGGCGAAGAAGGCUUGUGAGGGUGCUGUGCCAGAGAUGGAGGACAAGAACCAGGCACAGGAACUCAUGCCUCUCUACAUCCACCUGACAUACCUUCUCCCACACACCCACCGUGCCCUCCACGCCAUAUUCAGACAGGUGUACGUGCCUCUGUGUGAACGCCUGGGCAAAAAUGACCGAACUUCCUACUUGGCUAACCUCGCCCGUAAGUUCUCCAGAGUAAGCAAGCUACAGCCUCCUUCUCCUGCCCUGGACUAUGAUUCCCAAGAGGAGGAUGAGGGUGGCCAGCAGGGAGGAGGUGGUGGUGGCUUUCCUAAACUGAUGGGACGGGAGAGUGUGGAUGGGGGACCAGAGGAGAGGAAAGAGGAGGCUGCAGGGGAGAGGAAGAGUGAAGAGGAGGAUCAGGAGGAUCAGGAGAAGGACACAAGAAGCCCAAAGACUCUAUUGUUGAAUAACACCAAGAGGUUUAAGGAGAAGUUUUCUCAGGUGGGGAGCAGUAACACCACACUGGGGGACCUCAGAAGCUCAUGGUCCAAUGGGUUCCUUGAGCUCUCCUCUGUCCUGGCUCAUCUCUGUGCACACCCAUUAAUGACUGAACAAGAGAUGCAAGAGGAUGAGGAAAAUGAGGAGGGAGACAAGGAGGAGCUGAAGGAAGCUGUGGUGCAGUUGGCAGAUCUCCACACUGGCCUUGCAGAUUGUUACAAAUCUCUGGAGUACCUGGAGAAGUUUAUCAAGGUGGUGGGUGAGGGUCGCCUGGCAGGUCUGGAGGGGCUGGCAGGAAGUCUUAUGGAGGUGCUACUUCUCCUCUGGCGGCUUGGGAGGCGGCAAGGCAUCAGUGGCAGGGUGCAGGUGAUGCUGGAGUGUGGAGUGGAGAGCCUGGUGGGGGUGGUGACGAGGGAGCUGCGGCCUGUCAACCUCCUGCCAGCAUCGAUGCGAGAGGCUCACCCAUUUCUGGCAUCCCAGCGCAGGGUGAUGGAGGCGCUGCAUGUGGUGGCAGAAUGGGAGGAGGCAGUGACAGUGUGUGCACAGACUGUCAUGGCAUCAGCCAAGCGACAGAGAGAUGGACGGCAGGACUUUGACCCAACCAAGGUUCUGGGCACCAUUAGUGGCCUGCGAUCUGUGUGCACUGAUCUUAGUGACAUCAUGAAGGUCCUGCUGGAGGCUCAGGUGGGGUUCUCUGGGGAGUGGUCAGCACUAAUCCGUGUGCAGGAUCCUGACCAGCUGCGCACCAUCACCUCUCAGGUCCUGCGUGUACUCACUGCCUAUGAUUUCAACAUCUUUUCUGCAAGGAACCAGGACCGCUGGGUGAGGCAGAAGGAGGACCUGCAGCUGGCAGUGCAGAAGUGGGAACAGGCAGUCAUCAGUGCCAUCAAUGAAAGUUUUCAAGACAGAAUGACCUCUGAACUGGUGACGGCUGUUGCUGGGGUGCUUCAGAAGGAGCCGUGCAGAGCCUCCUUCAGACAGCUCCUCAUCUCUCGCCUACCAGACCUUUUGUCAGCCUUUGCAGAAGAAGUGAAGGGUAUCAGGGCUGACUUUAAGGCAGAGCAAGAGAAGGAGCGGCCAGGCACGCAGGCACCACUCUCAGGCCGUGUGCGCUGGAUGAGUGCUUACCUCACCAAGCGUCUGGCGGCCUGGACCACUCUCAAGCAACUCUACUCUCAGCACCAGGGAUCCAGUGCAGGUGGUGACUUGUGGGCUGAGGUGGAGGCAGAGGUGGAAGAGGUACAAGGAGAGGUGGAGCGUGCCAGGGAGCAGAUGGUGGCCCAAUGGGGGAAGAGGGUUACCCAGCAGAUCCCCAAGUUACUGGUGACACCUGUCCUGACCCGCGAUGAGCAUCACUGUGGCGUUGGUGGGUGGCGGGUGAGGUUGCCUGGGGAGCUGCAGUCAGUAGUGUGGGAGUGUGGACAACUUCUGCAAGCUGGUAUUCGCCCCCCUGAGCUGGCCACACACCUCACUCUCCACUACCACACCCUCCAGACAGCUGCCAUGGGUCUCCAUCUCACCCUCAAGGAUUACCACUCUGUCCUUGACCAGCUGAGUCCUGUACAGCGUGAGUUGUUGAGUGCUGAGCUGAGUGGUGCUGACCGAGUGCUGGCAGCAGGACAGAGGGUGGUCACAUGGUCCCCUGCUGCCCUCACCCACUUCAGCACCUCUUGCAGGGACGUCAUUGAGCAUGUCAGGGCACUCGCCAACAAACUCAUCAGCAUCACCCACCAUCUGGAUGACCACCUCACUUCCAUCAGAGAAACUCGCCUCCUGAAUCCUACCCCAAGGAACACCACCACUGAUACACAACAUCCUCCCUCGCUGCCGGAGUUGAUGGGAGAGUGCAAGAUGAGGUGCAAUGUGAUGGUUGAGGAGCUGGUGGAGGUGUAUGAGCGACUGGUCACCACACUAGGCUCGGCUGGUUUGCUCCUGUGUAGUGCAGAGGAGGGUGCCCCAGAAUCCCUUGCUGCCCACAUCCGCACUGCUCCUGAACUCAAGGCCAGGUUGUCACCAUUCCUCCUUCACUGGUGCCACAAUGUACAGGAGGCUGUUACAAUGAUGUUAGUGAACAGCAUCAGCAGCAUGGAGAAGCUGCUGCAGGGACAGGAGGUGGUAUUUGGUGUGGAGUCCAGCUUGACCUCCACCUCCACCCUCACCCUCACACCCCCAGCCCGUACUCUCACCUCCAUCCUGGCUGAUGCCCUUGGCCACACUGUUAGGAGUGCCAUGGUGUUCCGGCACUGGGUGGAGCUGGAGGAUGGCACCGUGGCUCUCAACCCAGCCCCUACUGCUGAUGAUGACACUCUUGCCACCUCUACUUUCUACAGCCAGGUGUCUCAGGAUCCCCGUCUGCAUGCUGCCAUUGAGAGUAUCACAUCCACGUUCACCUGUGUCAUCCGAACUCUUGAUGCUGACUUGCAGAGCUGGUAUGUGUAUGAGCACGUGUGGCGGCGAGACAAGAGUGCAACAGUCAACAGGUUCUGUCGCAGUGGUCCCUCAGUGAAGGAGUAUGACGACAAGCUCAGGUUCUACACACACCUGGCAUCUGAGCUCUCCCAGGCAUCCCAGCACAAGACUCAUGGAUGUGUAAGUCUGGAUGUGCGGCCGCUGGUGGGGCAGGUGGUGAGGCAGGCUGGAGAGUGGGUCAGGCUGCUAGGGGCCGGCCUGCUGCUGGAGGCACGUAACAGGCUCAACCACGUUCUGGAGCAGGUCACGAUCAUAAACAGUGAGCUGGAGCAGCCCACCAAGGACCUGGCAUCCUUGACUCUGGUGGUGAGGGCAGUGCGGCAGGUCACCUCACAGCACGCCCACCUCCACACUGCUAUCCUUGACGUGCGCCAGAUGUUCCAUACACUCAGUGUCUAUGGAAUUGAGGUUAUGGAUAGUGACCAUAGGAAACUUGAGUUGACAUCAGAGAGGCUUGAGGUCCUUCAUCAGAACUCCAUCACAGUGAAGAGGUCAUUGCAGCCCACUCAGGCAUUUUUCCUUGCCAAGACACAGCAAAAGGUUUUUGAUUUCAGCAAGGCAGUACAAAGAUUUCAGCAGAAAUUUGAAAGCAAAGGUCCAGGGACUGUUGGUGAGGACUUGGAGAGAGGCGUUGUGCUUCUCAAGGAGUACUCAAAAAAAGUAGAUGAACUGCAAAAGGAAAGGGAGCAGCUGGACCAGGAAGAAGAUGUGUUUGACCUGCCUGCCACACAGUACCCAGGACUGGAUAAAGCUGUGGUUGUGAUGCAGCAGCUCCGGGAAGUGUUUGCCAUUUAUCAGCAGCUCAGGAGUGUAGAGAUGACUUGGCGUACAAUGCGCUGGGUCACAGCCAAGCUGGAUGACUUGAAGGGACAGGUGGAGGGAGUGAGGGCAGCAUUGCAGGGUUGUGAUGGUGGACAGGAGACCGAAGUGUGGCGUGCCAUGCAGCAACGCCUGGAUGACCACACCACCAGCCUGGAGGUGACUGCUGCCCUCAGACAGCCAGCUGUGCAAGCUAGACACUGGCAACAAUUGGUGACUGUUGCAGGGUGUGGAGGGCGAUGGGAGUCAUCAACAGGCGUUGGCAAUGUCAGUGUAUGGGACGUGCUGGAGCUGAGACUGUCCCGCCACCCGCUGCUUGUUGCCACCACUGUUGAUGCUGCUGUCAGGGAGAGUCACCUCAACACUCAGAUCAAGGAGAUAGCUAAUUUCUGGCAAAGGACAAGACUGUGUGUGCAGACAUCAACAACUGUGUGGACUGUGGAGGGACUGGAUGAGCUCCUGGACCACCUGCAUAACCACAAUCUCAUCCUGAAAGCCAUGGCCAACACCAGAUACUGUCGGCCUUUUGCAGAAGAGGCAAGUCAACUGGCAGGAACUCUAGUGUCUGUGGAGGCCUUGGUGGAAGCUUGGCAGGACACACAGGAGAAUGUGAAGCUUCUCCUUUCACAUACUCUUGCAUCUGAAUUCUCAAAGGCCCCUGAACUAAGAGCCCGGUACCGAAAGCUGAUGGAGAGAAUAGAGCGCCGGGCCUUUGUGCUGGAGCUGGCUGGGAACGCUGCAUUCCUGGAGGAGGUGUUGGUGCUGCAGAGGUAUGCCCAGGAGGUGAUGGGUGAGCUUGGGGAGUUGCUGGAACGCCCUCGCUGCCACUGUGCUCGACUCCACUUCCUCACUAAUCAGGAACUGAUGGGUCUUCUGGCACAGUCUUCACCAGAGCACCUCAAUCUUCUCGUUGGCAAACUGUUCAACCAUGUUUGUGGACUGAGGUGGAGUGAGAACAGUGUGAAGGGUCUGCUCACCAUGGAGGGGGAGGAGCUGCACCUGCUGUCACCUGUGGUGCUGAGCAAGGACAGUGGUGAUGGUGCAGGUAUCGGGGCAGGUGUGCAGCGGCUCCUGGAUGCCACACACCUGACCAUGAAGGCAGCUGUGCAGAGAGUCAUUGAGGAGCUUGGCAGGGAGAGGAAGCUUACGAGAACCAUGCUUCAGGAGGCUCCCCUGGCAGCUGUGGCAGUGGCCUGGAGGGUGUGGUGGGCAGCUGGUGUUGACAUGGCCCUCUGUGCCACUACCAAAGGUGAGCGAUCAGCACUGAGGAGGCAACUGGACAAGAUAACAGAAGACAUCACCUUCUUACUAGGGGCAAUGGGUCGAGGCCAGCAGAGGAGAGAAGAAGAGGAGUUGGAGCAGGAAGAGCGAGAGGUCCCCCAGGUACCUCUCAGCUGGGUGCGGACACCUUCAGGCAGAUCCUGUCGCUCUCGCCGUGCCUCUGUCGCUGCUCUGCCUUCCUUCCGCUGCCUUCCACUCCUGCUGGUGACCCUGCAUGCCCGUGAUGUGGUCUCCUCCCUUAUCAGGAGCAAUGCCUGCAGUGUGGAGGACCACCGGUGGGUGAUGCAGCUGAGGUAUUCCUGGCAGGCACAAAAUUCCCAUCUCCAGCUGCAUGCUGCUUACCGCAGCCUUGACUACGGCUACGAGUAUAGUGGCUGCGGCUCCCCAGACUAUGUGGUGACUCCUCUGUCAGAGCGUGUGCUGUACGCCACCCUUGCUGCCCUGGCUGCCCACACUCCACCGCUCCUCACAGGCGAGAGUGGUGGUGGGAGGCAGAGUCUGAUGGAGGCAGCUGCUCAUAUUGCUGGCAGGUUCCUCCUCACCUUUUCACUUUCACCAUUCACUUCAGUUGCUGCAUUAAGCUCCAUGCUGGCUGGUUCACUGGUGGGAGGGUCAUGGUUGCACCUACGAGAGUGUGAGCAAGCAUCUCCUGCGGUGCUGUCUGCCCUGGCCUCCAUGCUGCUGAACCUCAACCUGGCACACACCUACACCAGCGCUAACCCCGUCAUCCAGAUUGGUGGGCAUGAGGUGAGCCUGAACCCUGGGGCAGGUGUCAUCCUUGGGUCAGCUCCCUCCCAGCACCAGGACCAGGACAGCAACCAGGAAAAGGAAGAGGAGGAGGUCAGCCAGCACUCCCCUCUGUCCCACUCUCUCCUGGGCCUGAGUCGACCUGUGCAUGUGGCAGCACCUCCAGCACAGACCCUUGUCUUUGUGUGGCUCCUGGCUCAGGGGCAUCCCAGGGCACAGGAGGCGAGUGAGGCAGUGACAGAGGUGCUACGGCAGGUGCUGGGGUCAUACAGGAACCUGGCUGGGGUGGUGGGGCUGCGUCUCCACCUGCGCCUCACUCAGGAGGUGGUGCGUCUGCUGAGCCUCGCAUAUUCACCUGUUCAGGCAGCUGUGGAAGCCUUCAGAAGUCUUGUGUGCCCUCGCUUGCCUCUCAACUCCCUGGAUGGUGUGGGCCGAGUGCUGGACCAUCUUGUGCCCCCUGACUCAGCUGUCUCCUCAAUACCACUGAUGCCCACUCAGCAGGAGGAGAGUGGCAGAGGACAGCCUAGUGAAGAGGUGUUGAGAAGACUGGGAAUGAGAGUCAUUUCAAAGCAGAUGAAAGCUGUGGAACAGGUGGCUAAAGAGCUUGAGAACUGGAGUUGUGUGGUGGUGGUCGGCCCUCCACGUUCAGGGAAGACCACCACCAUCACCGCUGCUGUCAGGAUCUACCAGCGUCGCAGUGGUGCCCUCAGCCUCUCCAGCACACACCAGUACACUCCCUCCACUGCUGGCUACAAGUCCUCCCGCAACAUAGGAAAGAUGCGGUCAUGGACUCAGAGAACACCCCCAGCUGGCCAUAGGACAGUGAGGAGUGAGGAAAGCAGCAGUACUCACGACUCACGACAUCUGAGUGACAGGGAAACCAUCACUGUGGACGAAGUGGACGAGUCAAAUAUUGAAGUGUUAAGCUCUGGCAGGCGUCUUGUGGAUCGACAUGUGUACAGCUUGAGGCCUCAGAGCUACUCCCAGGCCAGGCUCAUGGGUACUGAGACUCAGGGUGGACUCUUCUCAUCCUUACUGCAGAGGCUUGCCACAAAGGCCAUCCACAGUGUUGUGGUUCUGGAGGGUGAGGAAGCUGGCCAGUGUUUGCUGCGACUCCAAGAUCUUCCAGGCACACUCCUGAUGGACUCCCUGCUGGCACUGCCUCCCAACCCUAACCUCACCUUCGUUGUGGAGGUAUGUAGCCUGGAGGAGGUGCCAGGUUGGGUGCUGGGGCGAGCAGGCGUGGUGCAGAUCAGUCCAGACAUGCUAUCCCUGGCUACUCUCCUGCCUGAACCAACAAUCCUACCUUCCACCCCCACCACUGACCGUCGCAGUGACACCAGCGCCACACCAAGGACACCCAGCAUCCCCAGCACUCCAGCCACCCACCCAGAGGAGCCACCCACGUCAGCUGCUCUCCUCGACUACCUCACCUACCGCCUCCUCCACCCACUGCUCCAAGUGCUUUGUGCCAGCCCCUCCAGUGUUUGCUGCCAUGCCACUGUUGAUGUGAUUCGGCUGGUAGAAAGUUUGAGAGAUCAUAAGAGUGAGGAAAUGACAGCAGACUGUGUGGCAGGCACAGUGCAGGCUGUGGUGCAGGCUGGCAGGUGUUUGGCCCAUCCUACUGUCCUGUCACAGGUGCACCACACACUAAAUAUGGCUCUUGGGAAGGUAGCAGGAGAAAGUGUUCUGGAUUCAGCAGUCUUGGAAGUGAUUGAGAAUUUGAGGAGCAGUAACAAUGUGAGUGAACAGAGAUGGGAUGCAGCAUCUUCCAGUUGGCAGCCUUGGGCAAAUACCUCUGAUGUGCAGUCAUCCUCCACAGCUUCAGCAGUGCAUGCCUCACCCACUGCUGACACUCACAGACUUGCCUGGCUCCUGCACCACGUCAUACCAGUUGGCCAGCCAGUGAUGGUGGCAGGCUAUGCUGGCUGGGGCAAGACUACUAUCACUUCUAUGGCUCAGGCUUCUCUUCAAGACUGGGUGGUAGUGGAGGUGAAGGUGACGCCAGCUACUACUGCAGAGGAUGUGGAGGCUGCACUCCUGAGUCACCUGACACAGACCUCACAUGACACCAUGACCCCCACCUCCCCUACCAUCUUCUGCUUUGACGAUGUUGGUGGGCUUGAGAGGACAUCCACAACUGCCAAUUACAUCCAGAGUGUGGCCCAGCACCAGGGGAUGUUCCCCACCUCCCAGAAGGCACGCUGGAUGAGUCUGGCUCACGUCUACAUGAUGUGUGUUUGCACAAUGGAGGCAAGUGAAGGGACAGAGGUAGAGGAGGGUGGUGGCUGGUGGAGGGGCUGGGCAGUGUACCACAUGCACCAUGACCAGGGAGCUGCCAGCAGUGCUGCUCUCUCUGCUGUCCUUAGACCUCUGGCACCCCUGCAGAGCCAUGCCCACACUGCCCUCACUAAUGCCACACUCCUACUGGCAGAGCGUGUGAUGCCGCUACUCAGCCCCCUGGAGGAGCCCUUCAUCCCAGCCAGCAAGACAGCACUGGUAUGGCAGGUUGUGGCAAUGCUGCGUGUCAUCCCCUUGCCCUCUGUGUCCUCAGCCUCCUUCCUCAAUGUGUUCAAUGCUUGGCUUCAUGUGCUCACCUCUAUUCUCAUGUUGCCACUACUCUCAAGCCAGGUGCGAGAGGAUGUGUGGGAGGAGUUGCAGGGAAGCAUUGCAGAGAGCUGCUCUGGGCUGGUGUCAGAGCUGCCUGAGACACCCCCAGUACCCCUAUGGCAUCCUGGCCCUCCGUCACCUGAGGAGAUGCCUUCCUACACCACACAGCAGAAUGCAGCAACCAAGAUGGCUGAGAUACUCUCUGAGAAGAAUGAAGUGAUGGAAGAUGAGGAAGCAGGAGCAAGAGUGGCCUCCCAUGGUGGGGUGUGUCUGGGAGUGGCUACAGUAGUGUCUGCAGUGUGGGACCUCCUGAGUGCACCCUCUCCUCCCCUCUUGCUUUGCUUGGGCACAGCCACCAGGGACAAGCAGGUGGUGGUGACCCUUGCUGCCUCUUACCUUGGGGUUGAGCUGAUAAAGUGUGAUGGAGAAGAUAGUGUCCUCAAGCUGCUGGAGGACCCUGGAGCUGGUGGUGGUGCAGUGGACACAGGUGGUGAUAGUGGUGGCAAUGGUGGAAGUGAUGGUGGUAGUGGGCAGAGCUGCUCACUCACACCUGCACUGGUUCACAUACCAGCCAAUGUCUUACAUCAUCCAGAUGUAUUGAAGAAACUAUUGGAUGCUGUGACUAAGACAGGUGUUGGACAUUCAAGGGUGUAUGUGGUAACAGGAUGCCAUGCAGAGGUGUGGCCACUGAGUCAAGAGCUGAAGUGGGUGACAAGGAGAGGGAGAGUGGUGGUGAAUCUGCCACACCACACCACACAGCACCACCAAGACUUUGUGCUGUCGCUCAUGAAGAAUGAUCAGUAUUUACAAAGUGAGGGCUUGAGUGAGCACUUUGGGAUAGCAGAGUUUGCUGCCACUGUGCAUGAAUUGUGCUGCCGCAUGGAAGAGCAAUCCCAGCACACCAGGCCAGGCAGGCGGCCACCACACUCCCACCACCUGCCCUCUGUGGCCUCCUUAGUGCAUCUUGUUGCCAUAUUCUCUGAACUCCUGGAGAAAAGAAAAGUAAAAAUCCAUGCCAAGAUGGAGGAGGUGGACCGGGCAGUGGCACGCGUCAAGGAGCUGGAGGACCACGUGGCAGGCCUGAGGAGCACACACGCCACCCUGGAGGACUCCCUGUCUGAGGCCAACGACAACAUCCAGAACAUGACCACAACCCUCCAGCAAAGAGGUGAGGACAUCGUGGAGAUUGAGGGUGAGGCCAGCAAGCUACAGGAGGAGGUGGCAACUGUGGAGGCAGCAUGGGAGGAGCUGGACAAAGAGGUGGAGGAGUAUGUGCAGGAGACCAAGGCGCCUCUGGUGGAGAUUACCGAGAAGGUGGCCACCCUGGACAUCCACAGAAUCCGCAAGCUGCUAGAGGGAAGCGCAGGUCGUGACGCAGAAGACUCUCGUAAUCCCAAAUCUCCAAAAGUGUCACGCUCGCCCAUAUCAGCCAUUCAGUCGGUGUUUGAGUGUGCCGUGGUGCUGCUUGGAUCUGCUGAUGUGUCGUGGAGAGCAGUGCGCCAUGCUACGCAAGAUGACAACUUCUGUGUGCGACUAGCAGCAGUGUGUGUGCCAGCCCUGACCCAGGCAGUGAUCUCAACACUGGCAGAUAAACUAGAGCAAGUGAAGAUGACAGUGGAACACAUGAGUCGAGUGAGUGACAUUGGCGGUGUGCUUCUUCAGUACCUGCGGUGUGUCAUGUUCUUCUGGCACCGCUACCAUGAGGAUGUGCAGCCCCGUCAGGCACGAGUUCAGGCCAUCAACGACCAGGCCAAGCAGCUGCAAAGCAAGCUGGUCUUUAAGGAGAAGCGAGUGAAGGUACUCAAGGAAGAGGUCAGCAGCUUAAAGUCAAGGUUACGUGAAGAAGAGCGACAUGUCGCAUCCCUGAGGAGCAAGCGGGCAACGGUUGAGGGGGAGCUGGAGACAGUGCUGGAGGUGAUCACCCAUCUCAGCCCGCAUUCAGAAAGGUGGCGUGAGGAAGCAAAACAGCAGACAGAAAUGCUGCAGCAAGUGACUGGGGAGUGUUUGCUUGCUGCCACAUGUUUCACUUACCUGGCCGCACUGAGCCCAGAGGCAGGCGAGGGGCUGGAGGACGCCUGGCGGAGGGACCUCACUGGUCGGGGCCUACUGCACCCUUUGCCUGAGGAUGCCCAUCAGGAGAAGUUUAGGCUUGUGUCAAGUGUAACAGAGGUGGAAGUAUUGGUGAGGGAGGCCGUUCAGUUCCACUCGCACCACAAGUCCUUGCUCUUAGUCCGUGACCCACACUAUCUGGUGGAGGAUUACUUUGAGUCAGGCACGUGGCUGCGGACUGAUGGUGUUUCAUGGCUAGAGGAGCUGAAGGAGCAACUGACAGUGAGGGAGCAGCAUUGUCCUGUGUACCUGCACCAGGAACACAGAGCUGCCCUGGAGACUGUUCCCUGCAUCCUACACUUGCUGAAGGAUGUUUGCAAGUCUAAUGGCAACAAAAUGACCAUGGUGGUGGUGGUGGUGGUGGAUGACAGCUGCUCCACAUCCCCAUGUCCUCUGUGUUCUCGGCUCACACUCCUUGACCUUUCCCUCCACUACAAGGGCAUUGUGCAGGUAAUGGCUGGGACUCUCUUGAGGUGGCGCUCCCCAGACCUGCAGCAGAGAGUACAGCAGGCAGUGGACACAGUGGUAGGUGCCAGGAGACAGAAGGAGAAGACUGAGGCGCAGCUGGUAUUCUCCCUCACCAGUGCUGCGACAGUCACUGCCUCAACUGAACUUACAGGCUUCAUGGGACACAUCAAGGAACUCAAUGAUGUGACAGGAGUGUUGGUGCAGCAGGAAGAGGAGGUGAAACAGCUGACAGAGAUGGUGGACUGUCAGUAUGCUCAAGCUGCCUGCCUUGCUGCCCGCCUCUAUGCCCUCACCUCCACACUGGGCACUCUGCAUACUAGCUACAAUGUGCCUCUCAGUUUGGUGCAGGACAGUAUUUCUCAUAGGCUUGCAUCAUCAAGUCUUGAUGAUGCCAGUGAGCAAGUUUCUCAAGAGGAGAUACUGCAGGUUGUAACAGAGGCAGUGUUCGCUGUGGUGGAGACGCGACUGCAACAACAACACAGGCUGCUGGUGGCCACGUGCUUUGGUCUGGCAAGACUGAAUAUGUUCUGUGAGGAGGAGGACUUCUUGAAGGCUUUCCUUAUUCCUCUCAACCUGGAUGAAACCUGGCUGUGGGGGAAGGUUGUUCCCCCAAAGAAGGAAAAGAAAGCUGAAGUUGAUGAAGAGGAGAAAGAAGGGGAGGAGGAGGAUAAGGAAGAACAAGACAUGGAAGAAGAGAAAGAUGAGGAGGAAGAGAAGGACAAGGAGGAAAAGGAGGAUAAAUCUGAAGAGGAAGAUCCAGAAACAAAACCAUGUGAAACUGUGGAAGAACAUCAGGACCAGACAGAUGAAGUCUUCCCCUCCUGGAUACCAAGUGAAUGUAAUGUAAAGAGUGCAAGAAUCUUGGGCAAGCUGUCAGAAGGGUGUUGUGGCUUGUUCUCCCCAUCAUCUGACCCCCUUGAGGAAUGUGCUGCAUCUUCACUGCUGCAGUGGCUGGCGGGCAGUGCAUCAGGCUGGCAGCAGACCUUCCCUGCUAAGACAAGCCUCCACCAGGCUGGACAAUGGGUGGUGCUGGCUCGUCACCUGAGGCAAGACCAGAUGCUGCCUGCCAUGACGCAACUUGCCACCCUGGUGCUGGGAGCUGCUGCCUUGCAUGCCCACCCUGACCCAGUGAGCCGAGGUGUGGGGCUCCUGGGCAGGCCGCACUGCACACCUGCCCGAGGACUCACGUCACUCAUACAGGUGAACGUGGGCCAUGGUGGCUGCGCUCCUCGGGCAGUGAUGGAGGCAGGGCAGAAGGGUGGCCUCCCUUACUACAAGGUGACCUUCCUCUCCCUGGCCACAGCUACCAAACAGGAGGUGCGGCGGCGCGUGGUGAUGGCUGGACGGCGGCGCACGUGGCUGGUCUUGCUGGAUGCACAGGCCGCCCCUAGGAACCUCGCCCACGCCCGCCUUGCCCUGGCUUCCCUGCCCGCUACCCUGCCCGCCCCCACCGUAUUCUGCGUCGUCCCCUCCGCCUGCCACGCCUCCGUCAGCGCCUCCCAUAGUGCCGUUGUCGUGCACGUGGAGCGCCCCACGAGUCUGGCUUCCGCCCUGGCAGCUUACUUACCCCGCGCCCUCACCCCGCCCCGCCCGCCCCACCACCACCAGGACGCCGCCACCACCGCCGCCGCCCUCACCACCGCCUACGUGUUCUCCCUGCUCCAUGCCCGUGGGGAACGAGCGGCCUCCUGCUGGGUGCACCGGCCGCUACUGACGGAGACACUACUGGGGGAGGCCACACUAGCGGCUCGGCGACAGGGCACCGCACCCGCUGGCCCUGCCUCGGACCGCCUCAUCGCCUGGCGGGACUUGGCUCAGUUCCUGGCGAAGGUGGUCGUGGGCAGCGUGGUGAAGACAAAACUAGACCAGGUGGUGAUUGACACAAUCUUCAGUGACCACAUCAACGGUCAGGUGCUGAGGAAGCAGGUAAGGGGACCAGGAGAGGCGCCCCAUAGCCCCGUUACACCUUUACCCAGCCCUGCCACGCCCCUUCACUCUGGGCGGCGGGAGGCAGAGGAGGAAAAAAGUCAAGAAUCAUUCGCGUCCCAGCCAACUCACGUCCUCCUGCACUCCCUUCCUGCCGGGGAUCUCAUGCUGGACAUCUCGCGGCCGCCCAACAAAGCCAUAGCCAGCGUGUGCGGGCGUGUGGAAGCGAGGGAGGCAACGCUGCUCGGCAUUCCUGAAGGCCGUUGCCUGGCCGAGGACAGCCGCAAGAUGACAGCCAUUCUGGAGGACUUCACCGAGGCUCCCUGGGUGGCGGCGCCGCUGUGGGUGGCGGAGGGCCUGCUGGAAGAGCUGCAGGGCGCCCUUGGGAGCCCCGUGGGUGUGGUGGCGCAGCAGGUGAUGCGCGAGGUCACACCGGAGACGAGGGCGUGGCAGGAGGAGAUCAAAACGUGGGACGCCCAGCAGGAAGCGGCACGGCGGAGACUGGCGGCGCUGCGGCAGGCUUUGAGGGAGGCGAGGAUGCAGCCCGCGCAGGCCCUGGUGGCGCUGGGGUGCGUGGUAAAGUCCUUCCUGCUACACCCCGCUGCGGCCACCUGUGCGGGGCGCGCCAGCCGGGAGGAGGCGGUGGCGGGGCGGCGGAACCUGUGCAGCGUGUGGCGGGCGCGGGCUGUGGUGCGCUGCGUAAAGGAUCUGGCCAGGGAGUGGAGGGAGCGACGGGCACACCUCAUCACUUGGGCUGAGGCAGAGACUCCCCCAUCAGUGGUGCGCCUGGGCCUGCUGGCGGCACCCGGGUGGUGGCUGAGCGCCCUGCGGCAGGCGGCGUGUGCCCGCGCCCACUGGCAGCUACACGGCUCCCAGGUGCACGCCCUCCCCGCCACGCCACAGCACGACCGCCCGCCCCAGGGCGUGUACGUGGAGGGCGCCAGGCUGGUGGGAGGGCGCUGGGUGGAUGGAAAGGUCGUGCCUCUGGAUGCCACGAAGGAGCUACUGAAGGAGGAGGAGGAGGAGCAGUGUCUCAGCCUCGCCCUUAGCGUGUCCCACUCAGCCCCUCCCUGCGCCGCGGGUCAUGUGUGGGUGCCUGUGGUGGAGGGCCGUGGUUCACACACACCCCUGCUCCACGCCCUGUUGCCCUGCCACGCCCUGCCGCUCACCGCCCUUUACAUCACCCUCUGAGGCACCCACACACACACACACACACACACACACACACACACACACACACACACACACACACACACACACACACACACACACACACACACACGCACGCACGCACGCACGUCUGCAGGCUCUCCUGAAGGCGGUGGUGGUGGCGGAAGUGUUGGUGGCGGUGGUGGUGGCAGUGGUGACGUCCAGUGUUUCUACUGCCGUGCCCUCUGAAGUUCUAAACGGGUACGGCACCUGACAUCACGAUGACCAGCACGGAUGUUACGUCUUC